AUGCCUGCCGUUCAGCUGGCACUCGCCGCCCCUGUCGCCAACCCGGGUGUCGAUAAAUACGAUAACUACGGCGACUACAAGGAUGUGAAAGUCACAGACUAUCAGUACUACCCACCUCCGCCACCACCUCCUCCAGCUCAACCCGAGGGUGUGUCGAAGUACGACAACUAUGGCGACUACAAGGACAUCAAGGUUGAGAACUACCAGACCUACAAGCGUGGCGUCGACAAGUACGAUAACUAUGGCGAUUACAAGGACGUCAAGGUGGAGAACUAUGACUACUACCCACCUCCACCACCACCUCCUCCAGCUCAGCCCGAGGGUGUGUCGAAAUACGACAAUUAUGGCGACUAUAAGGACAUCAAGGUUGAGAACUACCAGACCUACAAGCGUGGUGUCGAUAAGUACGACAACUACGGUGACUAUAAAGACGUAAAGGUCGAGAAUUACGACUACUACCCACCUCCACCACCACCUCCUCCACCAGCACCGAAGCCAGAGGGCGUUCUGCACGUCAAGGUCGAGAACUACCAGACCUACAAGCGUGGUGUCGAUAAGUACGACAACUAUGGUGACUACAAAGAUGUCAAGGUCGAGAACUAUGAUUACUACCCACCCCCUCCACCUCCUCCACCAGCACCAAAGCCAGAGGGCGUCUCAGCUUAUAGCGAUUAUGGCGACUAUAAGGACGUAAAGGUCGAGAGCUACGCUACCUACGGCCAAUACUAA